AGUUACGGUACCAAUUAAAAUUGCCGUGUAACAACACUGUUACACGCCACGUGUGGCGAGCGGUUUCGGACGAUAAGGCGCAUCCUCCUUUGAGCGGGAAACCUCCCAAAUCCAAAAAGCGAUUCGGUGGUGGUCAUGGACGACGACGACGAGAGCGGAACCCUAUCCUCGAUCCUCGCCGAGCUCGAUUCUUCGCUCCGCCGGCACGAUGGGGACUCCCCCCUCUCUGAGCCCUCCAUCCUCGGUCUCCAGUCCCUCCUCGACGCCGCCGCCUCCGGCGAUGCCGCGUUCGCACUCUGGGAUCUCCUUGCCGCCCGAGGACUCCCUGCCUCUGCCCUCCUCCGUCCCCUCUCCGCCUCCAUGGACGUCUCCGCUCCCCGCCUCUCUCUCCUCUCCGGCCGUGUGUACCUCUCUCUCCUCCUCUCCCCGUCCUCCCCUCUCUAUUCCCUCUUCAACCCCCUUGUCUUCCUCUCCCUCCUCCGCUCCCUCCGUCGCGCCCUCAAGCCCCUUCCCUCGACCUCCGCCGCCUCGGCCACUGCCCUUCCGGAGGCCUCCCAUGACGCCCCCGCUCCCCGGAGGAGCGCCCGGAAGAGGAAGCCUGGACGAUCUGCUGGAAGCGCUUCGACGUCGGUGGAUCAGAUUUCCGACCUCAGCAGCCUACUUCCUCGCGUCCUCGAACUGCUUGAUUCCGUGCUCUGCCGAGUCCGGCUUGACAACACCCCUGAUGCCGUAAAGUCAUUGGUCGAUACUGUGGCAAAAAUCCUGAGCUCUUCCUCCGGUCACCACCGGCUUCCGGAUCUCUGCUUCCUAGUACUCUACAGGAUCGUCUCGAAGCCAGAGCACGGAGACCAGACGACUUUAGCUGUUGAGGUUCUGCGAUCACUGACGCCGAUGAUCUUAUCUCCUGCAAAAUCAGCAUCCCGGGCUUCUGCUUUAGGUUUUGUUACUGAAAAGAUGGUGCCUCUGGCCCAGGAGAAUGAUGCAGUGAAGGAAGCUCUGGUGUACCUACCUAGGUUCUUAGCGACAAAGGCACCGGAGAAGUCUGAGCUGAGAGUUUGUGCUGUUGAUUCCAUCAUGGUGAUUGUUCGGGCAAUGAAGCAAGAGGAUCAAAUAAGAUACGCCGAUUAUGUGGUGAAGAUGACACAAGGGAAGCCUCAGCUAAGACUGUUGGCUGUAGACCUCAUUCUAGCACUUUUGACAUUGUUGCCCGAUCCUCUUGGGGUAAAGGGAUCGGCUCAGGAAUUUAACGACAAGGCAUGGGGACUGACUUGUCUGCAAGCAUUAGUACAGCGUUGCUCAGAUUCAUCACCGGGAAUCAGAGCUCGAGCUUUAACAAAUACAGCACAACUGCUAGGCAGCUUAACUGGUGAUUCUGGGAAUUCUGCCCGUUUGUGGGAACUCUCAGGAAUCAGCAGUGUGGACUUCAAUGAGCUUUUGUGGAGGAGGUGUCAGGAUGAUAAGGCUGUUGUAAGGAAGGCAGCACUUCUCCUCAUUACAAAGUCGACUACUAUAAUGCGAGGGCCAUUAGAUGAUUUGCUCCUUAGGACACUGAGUUCUGCUUGCUCUGACCCUUUGGUCAGCAUCCGCAAAGCAGCUGUUGCAGCUCUAUCAGAGGCCUGCAGAGUCUUCCCUGAUGACAGGGUAAUACCUGAAUGGCUUCAUGCUGUGCCACGCUUGAUUGUUGAUAAUGAGUCAAGCAUCCAACAGGAUUGUGAGAAUUUGUUUCUUGAAUUGGUCUUGGAUAAAAUCUCUCAAGCUGCUAAGAUCAAUUUUGGAAAAGAUGCAACAGAUUUGGAGUCCUUGCUUCCUAAAGGUAUUUUACGUUUGUUGAAAGGGAUUUGUGACAGUGAAGUGGCACCAUGUGUCAGAAAGAUAUGUUCAAGCCUUGGAAAGAAGGAAAGAAUUAAGAUGUCAGUUGCAAGUUCACUUCAGAAUAUAAUUACAGCAUCCGAGUCUGUAUGGUUAGGCAGUAGCAAGCCCAUAGAGAAGUGGACGGCCCCUCCUGGGACCUGGCAAUUGCUUUCUGAAGUGUCAUUGUUCUCACCCAAGGCCAUAGAAUGGGAAUUUCUCCAUCACCAUUGGCAUCUUCUUGACAAGAUUAGCCUAGAAGAUCAAGGUAAAAAUUCUGAAGAAGGGGACCAGAGCUCUUUUAUGUGGGCUGGAGAUCGUGUUCACCUUUUGCACACCAUUUCUAAUGUGUCUUUGGAAUUGCCUCCUGAGCCUGCUACAGAGUUGGCUUGCAACUUACUAGAUCGUCUUAAGAACUUCAGUAUGAACUUAAGCGAGGUUGAUGCACAUGUAAAAGCUUUAAAAACUUUAUGCAAGAGAAAGGCUACAAAAGCUGAGGAGGGCGAUCUCCUCAUAUUGAAAUGGGUGCAUCAGUUGCUUUCCAAAGCUCUAGAGAUUCUUAAUAGCUAUAUAUCAGAGGCAUCAGAAUCGAGCAAUAUCAACAUCUUCUUAACACCUCCGCAGAACAGUAGGAAAAAAGGAAAGAGAGAUGUCUCAUUGUUGAAGUCAGCACUACAAGCUGUGACUGCUGUUUUUACUGUUGGAUCAUUGAUUCUAGUCUGCCCUUCUGCCGAUUUGCAGGGCAUUGUACCUGUCUUACACACCAUUAUAACAUCUGGAAAUUCUGAACCAAAGCCUAGAAAGUUUGCUGGUUCGACAGUUUCAUUUAAAGUGGUGACUCCUACUCUGUAUAUUCAGUCAUGGGUGACUAUGGGCAAAAUCUGCCUUGUGGAUGAUAAACUAGCAAAGCGUUACAUUCCACUCUUUGUGCAGGAACUUGAGAAGAGUGACAGUGCUGCACUCCGCAACAAUAUUAUGGUGGCAAUGACAGAUUUUUGUGUGCGAUACACAUCUUUAGUUGACUGUUAUAUGCACAAGAUCACUAUUGCAUUGCGUGAUCCUUGUGAAGUUGUGAGAAGACAGACAUUCAUCUUGCUUUCGCAAUUAUUACAGAGAGACUAUGUAAAGUGGAGAGGAGUAUUGUUCCUUCGGUUUUUGUUGUCUCUGGUUGAUGAGUCUGAAAAGAUAAGACAUCUGGCUGAUUUCCUCUUUGGAAACAUCCUAAAGGCUAAGGCACCACUUCUUGCAUAUAACAGUUUUAUAGAAGCCAUUUUUUUUCUAAAUGACUGCAGUGCUCAUUCUGCACAUGUUGAGUCUCAGGGAGGCCUGCAUGCUAGGUCCCGUCUCUUUUCUAUAAGAGGCAAUGAUGCAAAAUCAAGGUCACAAAGGAUGCACAUAUAUGUUUCUUUGUUAAAACAAAUGGCCCCAGAGCACCUCUUGGCUACCUCAGCCAAGUUGUGUGCUGAGAUUUUGGCAGCUGCUUCUGAUGGCUUGCUCAAUGUUGAUGAUGUUGCUGGACUAUCUGUACUCCAGGAUGCUCUAGAAAUCCUUGCAUGCAAAGAGAUGAGGAUCCAUCCAAGUCGUGGUUCUGAUUCAUCUGAGAUAGAUGACGAUGGCGGUGAGAGUGCAGGAAGCGCUGUCCAUGCUGCCAGAGGGAGGGUGGUCACCCAAGUAGCCAAGAAGAACCUGAUCCAGAUAGCUGUCCCUGUAUUCAUCGAGUUGAAGCAACUGCUCCAGAGCAAGAAUAGCCCCCUCACCGGCUGUCUAAUGGAAUGCCUCCGCAUUCUCCUUAAGGACUACAAGAACGAGAUCGAUGAGAUAUUGGUUGCCGACAAGCAACUCCAGAAGGAGCUCCUCUAUGACAUGCAAAAGUAUGAGACUGCCAAGGCCAGGUCCACCGUUGCGGAGGCCAUUGUAAAUGUGCAAAGGUCGGAGAGCUACUGUUCACCAAAUGGACGGAGUUCUACUGGCAUGUACAGCAAAGUUUCAGAGAAGUUGGGAACUGAAGGAAAGAUUGCUUCAGCAGUGGCAGAUGCAGCUGCCAGAGCUAAGGUGAGAUCAGUUCUCAAGGAAGCGAACCAGAAUUUGCCAACUCCACCACUCCGUUCGAUGAGUGUGCCCAAGCUGAAGAGCAUGGGAAAUGGUGGUGUGAUCGUCAGUGAUCGGCCAACACAUGUACUGGAAUCGCUAAGGCGGAGACAAUCUUUUGACUCUGAUGAAGAGAAAUAGUGGCCUCUACUUUGACCCACUCGUACACUCCGCAUUAGCUUAAUUGCUUCACUUAUGAUGCAUUGAAGAAUGUCGGGCUACUUAAGUUGGGUAGUCCAGCAAUAUAUUUCAUUCCCAAUUUAUCUCUUCCUUCCCAGCCAUUUGCUCAGGAUGUCAUCUUUGCUGUGGCUUCUUGUUUGUCUUGUAAAAUGGUAGAAGCAAAUUAAAUAAUGUGGAAUUUUCUCCAUUCUCUUCA